CCUCCGGCUGGAGCUACGAACAUCCCAGUCUCGGCUCCCGGGCGGCUCCGCCUCUGCCGGGCAGUCCUCACAGCCACCGCCGCUGCCGCCGACCGCAGUCCCGGCGCCCCGGAACCACAGCCCGCAGUUGCGCAGGUCCGCCGCCGCGGCCCGCAGGCGCGCCCAGUCGCACGUGGCGGACCCGCCCCCUGGGCCGGCGCGGCCCUGGACUCCGUGGGCUCUCCGGUCCUCGGCCAGGGCCCCAGGGGCGCAAUGAGCUUCCUGAGCCGGCAGCAGCCGCCGCCGCCCCGCCGCGCCGGGGGCUCCUGUGCUCUGCGGCAGAAGCUGAUUUUCUCGCCCUGCAGCGACUGUGAGGAGGAGGAGGAGGAAGAGGAGGAGGAGGGCAGCGGCCACAGCACCGGGGAGGACUCGGCCUUUCAGGAGCCCGACUCGCCGCUGCCGCCGGCACGGAGCCCCACAGAGUCCGGGCCCGAGCGCCGUCGCUCACCCGGCCCGGUCCCCGGCAGCCCCGGGGAGCUGGAGGAGGACAUGCUACUGCGGGGCGCCUGUCCGGGCGCAGACGCGGCGGGCGGCGAGGCCGAGGGCGACUCUUGGGAGGAGGAGGGCUUCGGCUCCUCGUCGCCGGUGAAGUCGCCGGCGGCCGCCUACUUUCUGGGCAGCUCGUUCUCGCCGGUGCGCUGCGGCGGCCCGGGGGACGCGUCCCCGCGCAGCUGCGGGGCGCGCAGCGCUGGCGAGGGCCCCUACGCGCCGCUGCCCGACCACCCCAGCACCCCGCCUCACAAGACCUUCCGCAAGCUGCGGCUCUUCGACACGCCGCACACACCCAAGAGUUUGCUCUCCAAAGCUCGAGGAAUCGAUUCCAGCUCUGUCAAACUCCAAGGUGGUUCUCUAUUCAUGGAUACAGAAAAAUCAGGAAAAAGAGAAUUGGACAUGCGACAAACUCCUCAAGUGAAUAUUAAUCCUUUUACUCCAGAUUCUUUGUUACUUCAUUCCUCAGGACAGUGUCGUAGAAGAAAAAGAACAUAUUGGAAUGAUUCCUGUGGUGAAGACAUGGAAGCCAGUGAUUAUGAGUUAGAAGAUGAAACAAGACCUGCUAAAAGAAUUACAAUUACUGAAAGCAAUAUGAAGUCACGGUAUACAACAGAAUUUCAUGAGUUAGAGAAAAUCGGCUCUGGAGAAUUUGGUUCUGUGUUUAAGUGUGUGAAGAGGCUGGAUGGAUGCAUUUAUGCUAUUAAGCGAUCAAAAAAGCCAUUGGCUGGCUCUGUUGAUGAGCAGAAUGCUCUGAGAGAAGUAUAUGCUCAUGCAGUGCUUGGACAACAUUCUCAUGUAGUUCGAUAUUUCUCUGCAUGGGCAGAAGAUGAUCAUAUGCUUAUACAGAAUGAAUAUUGUAAUGGUGGAAGCUUAGCUGAUGCCAUAAGUGAAAACUAUAGAAUCAUGAGUUACUUCACCGAAGCAGAGCUGAAGGAUCUCCUUUUGCAAGUUGGCCGGGGCUUACGGUAUAUUCAUUCAAUGUCUUUGGUUCACAUGGAUAUAAAGCCUAGUAAUAUUUUCAUAUCUCGGACCUCAAUCCCAAAUGCUGCCUCUGAAGAAGGAGAUGAAGAUGAUUGGGCAUCCAACAAAGUUAUGUUUAAAAUAGGUGAUCUUGGGCAUGUAACAAGGAUCUCUAGUCCACAAGUUGAAGAGGGUGAUAGCCGUUUUCUCGCAAAUGAAGUUUUGCAGGAGAACUAUAGCCAUCUACCAAAAGCGGAUAUUUUUGCCCUGGCCCUCACAGUAGUUUGUGCUGCUGGUGCUGAACCUCUUCCCAGAAAUGGAGACCAGUGGCAUGAGAUCAGACAGGGUAGAUUACCUCGGAUCCCACAAGUGCUUUCCCAGGAAUUCACCGAGUUACUGAAAGUUAUGAUUCAUCCAGAUCCAGAGAGAAGACCUUCAGCAAUGGCGCUGGUAAAGCAUUCAGUAUUGCUUUCUGCUUCUAGAAAAAGUGCAGAACAAUUACGAAUAGAACUGAAUGCUGAAAAGUUCAAAAAUUCACUUUUGCAGAAAGAACUCAAGAAAGCCCAGAUGGCAAAAGCUGCAGCAGAGGAAAGAGCCCUCUUCACUGACCGGAUGGCCACUAGGUCCACCACCCAGAGUAAUAGAACAUCUCGACUUAUUGGAAAGAAAAUGAACCGCUCUGUCAGCCUUACCAUAUACUAAACUACUCAUUUCCCACCUCCCUGAAAAAACUGUGACAAGAGGAAGCUAGGUUGAAAUCAUUGCGAGAAUCCACUUUGCUAUUACUUUCUUAAUUGGUGUCAGUAGUUUUACUGAAAUACCUUUUAGGACUUACUUGUGAAUUACAGCUGAAAGCUGUAUUUUGACCAGUGCUAUAUUAGGCUUUCAUCUAGUCUUACCAGUCUGUCUUCUGUAGGAUAUCAGUCACUGUGGGGUGUUACACAGCCGUCCAGGGUUAACCACUGUGGUGGUGUGCUGCUUAUAGUUUGCUGUUGCAUUGUAAUAAAAGGUAUCUUUCCCUGUAGGGACCUGUAAAAA